CUUCUGCGCUUCUGGCUGUUACUCGCGACUCGCAAGCCCAAAACUCGUCUUCGACAGCUACUGCUCUUAUCGUCGUCUUCACUUCCUCCUUGUCUUCUUCCGAUGGAACACAAGGGGUGGAAAUUAUGGCUAAGGAUCUUCCAAAGGAUUUAGUCUCUAACGUGCUGCGUCGACUAAGUGCCAAGAGUCUUCUACGAUUCCGUUGUGUAUCGAGGUCAUGGUGUUCUAUGAUCGACGAUCCCCUUUUUGCUGAAGUCAGCUUCACAGAGACUUCAAUUUCAUCGUGCAUGGUCACCAUAAGAAGCUUCGUCAGAUGCAGAUGUUCACCAUAUACUUAUGUCCACACGACAACAUCGUAGGAGAUCACAUUCUAACUUUGAAAGAUCACGAGUUCAUCCUCGACAGCAUGACUUUACGAGGUUCGUCUAAUGGCUUGGUUUGUUUAGCCGAUCAAGGGAAUGUCAUCAUAUGCAACUUGUCGACCAGAGUUUUCCAUAAUGUGAAAUUGCUGCCGGAAUAUACCACAGAUAAAUUUUGGUUUAGUUAUGGUUAUGGAUUUGGGUAUGACUCCAUCAAUGAUGAUUACAAAGUGGUAAGAGUCGACCGCAGAAGAUACGAAGAAAUUUCAGAUCAAGCAUAUCCGAUGCAGAUCCGGUACUCGUUUCUGGUGCUCUCCACUGGACGAAUUGGGAGGACAAUAAAGAUAAAACCAUUCUUGGUGUUUGCUUUUGAUCUCGCCACGGAAGAGUUUGGCAAGAUUGAUUUGCCAGUGAAAACAGAUAGGCCACCAGCCAUGGGAGUACUUGGAGGCUGCUUGACCCUGACAUGUAGCUGCAUUGAUGUGGAGUAUGAUAUUGAGUCAUGGGUGAUGAAGGAUUACAUGGUGCAAGAGUCUUGGACUAAACUUUUUCGUACCUCGGCGGUCGGAUAUGAUGGAGAUUUGAGGCCUAUAACUUAUUCAAGGGACGGUAACAAAAUUCUCGUGCUAAGUCCAAUUGAUUGCUUCUUUUAUUGGUACCAUGUGGAAAGUCAAGUUUUGGUAUAUGUUGAUAUUCGCGGUUAUAGUGGAUUGGCAAUAGCUCCUUAUUCGGAAAGCCUCGCCUCAGUAAGUGCUUAUAGAGGAUGCGACAAGAGACUCCGGACAGCUAAGGAAACAAUCUCGGGAUGUGAUUUGGGAAACAAGAAAAGAAAAUUUUGAGUAUAAUCAAUUUGACUUCUUUCUUACUCUUUUUCUCCAAAAUUUAUAGCUACAAAUGCUACAUCCUUUGUUAUUCUGCAUCGUUAACAGUAAAAAAUGCGGUAUUGG